UCAGUGCCACAAUAGUGGAUAUCACAUUUAGUAGUUUGUUCCAAAGCAAAGACAAAAAAACAAAUCAACCAAGAGAAGAACCAAUUGUGUAUGUGGUCGAUUGGCGGACACCAAAAACAAGUGAAAAUUUGACACAAAAACAAACUUCCCGAGGAAAACCCACAAGUUCAAGUUCACCUACAAAGCUAUAGAGCUGAUAAGAUGAGUGGACGCGAUAACAGAGGAGCCGGCGGCGGAGGCGGCGGUCAUCAACCGCUGAGCAACGCCAUGGGCAAGCUCAAGGAAAAACUAACCCGAGUAGGUGACGAGCUGGGCUACCAUCGUGUGGAGAGCAAUUUGUCCACCUCGAACACAGCGACCAGCUUGGACACAAUUCUGCCAGAGGAUCCGUUCCUGUUUCCCCAAGUGUCACCGCAAAGGCAUCCACAGACCGUGAGGACACAGCGCUUGCUGGAGGACGAGCCACCGCUAUCGUUUCGCCCGCUUUUGGAGGACGACGACAUCAACGAACCACCCACACAACAGCCACAUAGGAGUCCAUUGCGCGCCAGUGGUAGCUUGGAGUUGACCCCUUUGCCACCACCGCCCACAUCCUUGGAGAUUCGCGAGCAUCGCGAUCGCCAACAGCGAGGUGCCCAGGGUGACGAGCUGCAGCGCAGCAAGCAGAGCUUGAAAGGAUCACGCGUGUCCUUCGAGCGCCGCGAUACCGGCAAUAGCAAUACCAACAACAACAAAGCGGCCGAGAGCAGCGACGAGGACAGUUUCGAGGAGAAGCGAACUGGUUUCCAGCAGCAGAAGGCGACCAGCGUCGAUCACAAGGGCAUCUUGAAGGACCUGAAGCACAUUUUGGCCAACGACAAUCGCCGGCAGUUUCAGGCCAAGAAGCACGUCUCCCUGGACGUUAAGGGCACACGCUUCCUGCAGGAUCUGCUGAAGGAAUCGUCGUCGGAGGAGGAGUUCCACAAGACACGGCGGGAGUUCCAAGGACGCAAGCACCAGAGUUUGGAUCCACGUGUCACUUUCAAGCUCGAUAAGGUCCUCCAGGGAUCGAGCACGGACAGUGACGAAGAGGGCGAAGAUGCCGAGCACAAGCGCCUGAUCCACCGACCCAAGGACAUUACCAAGCCGGUGAUCAUCGAUCUCAAGGAUCUGGAAAGCGAAAGCGACGAGGACUUUCUCACAUCGCGUCAGCACUUCCAACAGCAGCGUUCCAUCAGCACAGAUUCCCGCAAGAGCCGGCGACUUUACGAGAUGGACGAGAUGGGCAACAAACGCGGCGAGAACAUCCGUCAUGCGGUGCCCUUCGUGCGCCAGAUAACCGAGGAUGGCAAGCCCAAGCUGGAGGUCUACCGUCCCACAACGAAUCCCAUAUUCAUUUGGACACAGGUCUUGGCUGCUCUGAGCGUCUCGCUGGGCUCCCUGGUGGUCGGAUUUGUCAGCGCCUAUACGUCCCCUGCUCUUGUGUCGAUGACCGAUCGGAAUAUCACCUCAUUUGAGGUCACCCAAGAUGCUGGUUCCUGGGUUGGUGGCAUCAUGCCGCUGGCUGGUUUGGCAGGUGGCAUAGCCGGAGGACCCUUGAUCGAAUAUCUGGGCAGGCGCAACACCAUCCUGGCCACCGCAGUGCCCUUCAUCGUCUCAUCGCUGCUGAUUGCCUGCGCUGUGAACGUGGCCAUGGUGCUGUGCGGGCGAUUCCUGGCCGGAUUCUGUGUCGGCAUUGCCUCUUUAUCCCUGCCCGUCUAUUUGGGUGAGACUGUGCAGCCGGAGGUGCGAGGCACAUUGGGUUUGCUGCCCACGGCCUUUGGUAACAUAGGCAUCUUGCUGUGCUUUGUGGCGGGAUCCUUUAUGAACUGGUCGAUGCUGGCCUUCUUGGGAGCGGCUCUGCCCGUUCCUUUCCUGAUUUUGAUGUUCCUGAUCCCGGAAACACCGCGCUGGUUUGUGAGCCGUGGUCGCGAGGAGCGCGCCAGGAAGGCCUUGAGCUGGCUGCGUGGCAAGGAGGCGGAUGUGGAGCCCGAACUGAAGGGCUUGAUGCGAUCCCAGGCCGAUGCCGAUCGUCAGGCCACGCAGAACACCAUGUUGGAGCUGCUGAAGCGCAACAAUCUGAAGCCGCUGUCCAUUUCCUUGGGUCUGAUGUUCUUCCAGCAGUUGAGCGGCAUCAAUGCGGUUAUUUUCUACACGGUGCAGAUCUUCAAGGAUGCGGGAUCCACCAUCGAUGGCAAUAUCUGCACGAUCAUUGUGGGUGUUGUUAACUUUUUGGCCACGUUUAUCGGCAUCGUUCUGAUUGAUCGGGCGGGCAGAAAGAUUCUUCUGUAUGUAUCCAACAUCGCCAUGAUCCUGACCCUGUUCGUUUUGGGCGGCUUCUUCUACUGCAAGGCCCAUGGUCCGGAUGUGUCCAAUUUGGGUUGGCUGCCACUCACUUGCUUCGUCAUCUACAUUCUGGGCUUCUCCCUGGGCUUCGGACCCAUUCCCUGGCUGAUGAUGGGCGAGAUUCUGCCGGCCAAGAUUCGCGGUUCGGCUGCUUCGGUGGCCACGGCGUUCAACUGGUCCUGCACAUUUGUGGUGACCAAGACCUUCCAGGACCUCACGGUUGCAAUGGGCGCCCAUGGAGCCUUCUGGCUAUUCGGCGCCAUCUGCUUUGUGGGUCUGUUCUUUGUGAUAAUCUACGUGCCGGAAACGCAGGGCAAGACGCUGGAGGAUAUCGAGCGGAAAAUGAUGGGCCGUGUGCGCCGCAUGUCCUCGGUGGCCAACAUAAAGCCAUUGUCCUUCAACAUGUAAACGGCGUGUUGCCAAGGAUCUGAAUAUGCGAUCAAACCAAAUACUAGACUAGUGCCUUUAGUGCUUAAGAGACGUGUGUAAAACGCAGUGGGUGAUCCUGAGAAGAAGCCUAUGAUAUGAUAUAAGGACCCCAUCCAGGCGCUCUGAUAUUGUUAGUCCUAGCUAACUUGUAAUGCUUAGCAAAAGAAUUUCCUUUCUACACGCAUAAUUGUUAUUAUUAUUUAUAAUCAUUAAGUGCAUAGUUUUAUUAUGUAAAUUAUGAUUUCUAGCACUAAUUUGUUGACAUUUUGAUGAAUGUUGCGUGAAUUUAUCGGUGUAAAAAAUGACAUGAAUCGUAGUUAGUUGUAGUGCAGAAUGCAAGCAAAAGCAAACAGAGAAGAAAAAUAACCAAAAUCUCCCCGGAAAAAUACACCAAUUGGCUAUAUAUCGAAUAUAUAUUGUACUUUACCUACGCUGUAAGUGUAUCUAUAUGUAGACUAAUUUAAAAUACAAAUCAAACCAAA